GCGAUAUGGAGGAAAGUCAGCUGUUGAUGACGGAACUUCCGGUGCCGUUGACGCCGAGCGGCGGCACGACGCUGCUACAUCGUCCGGGCCAUUUCUAUCACCUGCAUCAGCCGCACCUGGCGAUAUCGACGCCGCAGAGCCAGGCGAUCCUUCAGCACAACUCGGGCGGCGCGGCCAGGCAUUACGGCACUGACGGCAACGCCGGCUGCGGCGGCCUACGCGAUCUGCCCGCCUACACGAUCGGCCAGGGCGGCGGCAUCUCGUCGCGCCAUCAGCUACACCCGCAUCAGGUGCACCAGCGCGGCAAAUUGGCGACCCACGGCCAGCCCGUCGCGAGCACCCACGUGUCCUGCCUCUAUCCGGAGAUCCUCGCGCUCAUCUUCAGCUACCUGGACGUAUGCGACAAGGGACGCGCCGCGCAAGUGUGCACCGCAUGGCGCGAUGCCGCUUAUUAUCGCUCGGUCUGGCGAGGAGUCGAGGCGCGACUGCAUCUGAAGAAACAAGCGCCGGCGUUAUUCGCCAGCUUAGUGCGACGUGGUGUUAAGAGGGUGCAGGUACUGUCAUCGCGACGCGGCAUCAGCGACGUGCUCAAGGGUGUGCCGAAUCUCGAAGCGCUUAACCUGUCCGGUUGCUACAAUAUCACCGAUGCUGGUCUCACGAACGCCUUCAGCCAGGAAUACCCGUAUCUCACCGAGCUCAAUCUAUCGCUCUGUAAGCAAGUGUCGGACACUUCGAUCAGCAGGAUAGCUCAAUAUUUAAAGAAUCUCGAGCACCUCGAACUGGGCGGGUGCUGCAACAUCACCAACACUGGCCUGUUGCUGAUCGCUUGGGGUCUCAAAAAGCUCAAGCGGUUGGAUUUGCGAAGCUGCUGGCAUGUUUCCGAUUUGGGUAUCGCUCAUUUGGCCGGUCUGAAUCAGGAGACCGCGGAUGGCAACCUCGCCCUAGAGCAUCUGAGUUUGCAGGACUGCCAACGGUUGAGCGACGAAGCACUCAGGCAUGUAUCUAUCGGUCUCACCACUCUCAAGUCCAUCAACCUGUCCUUUUGCGUAUGUAUAACCGACUCCGGCGUCAAGCAUUUGGCUAGAAUGCAGAGUCUGCGCGAGCUCAACUUGCGCUCGUGCGACAAUAUUUCCGAUAUCGGUAUGGCGUAUCUGGCCGAGGGCAGUAGUCGCAUCACCUCGCUCGACGUGUCCUUCUGCGACAAGAUCGGCGAUCAGGCCCUCGUGCACAUCUCUCAAGGUCUAUUCAACCUCAAAACUUUAUCGCUGUCCGCCUGCCAGAUCAGCGACGAGGGUAUCUGCAAGAUCGCCAAGACCUUGCACGACCUCGAGACCCUCAACAUCGGCCAGUGCAGCCGGCUCACCGAUCGAGGCCUAUACAUCAUCGCCGAGAGCAUGAAGAACCUCAAGUACAUCGAUCUAUACGGCUGCACCAAGAUUACCACUAGCGGCCUAGGUCGGAUCAUGGACCUGCCGCAGCUCAGUAUCUUGAAUCUCGGUCUGUGGCACAUGGCCACAGUGCGGUGAUGGCUUUUUCCGUGGCAGAGUGCUCGGAACGAGCGCCGUCAACGUCAUCGUCAUCGUUACCAAGGCGACAACGACUCCUCGUGGCGACUCAAGGACAACCUCGUUUUCGCGCGCACGUUUCUGCCGCAGGCGAUCCGCUCGUGUUCAACAACAGCAGCAGCAACAGCAACAACCUCGAUGUAAUGCUAACAUCUUACACCCGCCAUUUGCGAACAGCGCGAAUACUUUCGCUGGCGAAUAGUUUAAUUGACAGGAUGCCAAAUGUUAGUUCUAAGUAGUCCUCGUAGCGAAUUACUCGUCUUAACGAGUCCUCUCGCGCGGACUUUGCGUAUCGCAUCACAGGGCAAUAUUGAAGUUUCGCAUCUUCAUCUGUCAAGGGUGGGGAGCAGGAAAAGAGAAAAAGAGAGAGAGAGGGGGGGGGCGCUGCGAUCGCGAUCAUGAGAUUCUUAUGGCCUUUUAAAUUUGUUGCUGCGAAAGAGCUGGGACAAAAAUUUGUGCUUUGCCCGCUGUCAGUUUUUGGAAAAAUAAUCCUACCAUCAAAAUUUUUUUUGGAAUUUUGUUUGCUGGAAAAAUUGUACAAUAAGUGUGUAUAUGUAUAUAAGAUUAUAUUUUUCAAAUUAUUUUUAUCAUAUAUAUAUAUAUAUAUAAUAUGCAAAUCAGCACAAAUAUAUUUAAUCGAACGUUAUAGUAACAGAUUAAAAAACUGACGUGAUGCGAAAGUAUAUUCCAAGCAGAGUCCAUUAAUUAUGCUUUGGGAUAUUAACUCCCUUGAUACAAGAAGGGUUGAGAAAUUCGAUCGACGAACGUUUGUUGUCGCGCGGACGCGAAUUUCCUCUGAGCUGCUUUGAAAAAAUUUUUCUUGCUUACACAACGACACGAUAGUUAAUCUUGGAAGAUCCACUCACCCAUCGACGACGAGAUGUAACUUUGUCAUGCGAAAUGGACAUUCAUAUACAAUCGUUUCUCGCUAAAUUUUAUUUCGCGAAGAAAGGAUUAUUUUUGUCAUCGAGCAGAGCAUUAUCAUCGACCAAUCAAAGCGCGACUUGCGCUGUACGGACGAGGUUUACCCUACAUACGACGAUUACGUGGAAUACUCAUACACAUACACAUAUUACGUGCAUAUCCUGUACUAUAUGUCGUAAUGCGCAAGUAUAGAUAACGUCGAACAUAUCUUAUAUUGCAGUAUGUUUUCUUUUUUUUUUUUUACAUACAUACAAUUUCUCAAAGAUUCUUCAAUACUGAUUAUACGAAUUUUAUGCGAAUGUUCGUGUCGAGAAGCAGUAGGCAAUUAAAUCGUGUUACAACUGUCAAAAAUUUCCGACUUUAAUCUCAUCAUUAUCGUUAUGUUAGUAGCUUGCAAAAGACACGAUUUUUACGAAACUUAUAUAUAUUUUCAACUUCUCAAGAAAAUUUAUUUGCGCCAUAAAAAGAUAAUAAUUUUCAACGAUGUUAAGGGUGUAAAAUUCUCUUUUACGAAAAAAUUAUUUUCGCAUUCGUGUAGAUAUAGUUAACGAAAGCGUGAGUGAAAUUUUCAAAGUAUCAUGUCGCGAUGAAAUAUCACAGGCAGACAGGAUGAGGUUUUUCAUACGGGACUUACACAAAUUGUUGCUUGAAAGCCUCGCGCGAUCUGUAACAUUCGAUAAACGUUCAUACGAGUUACCGCGGUAAAUGUAUCUCAAACGAUUGCGUGAAAAAAUAUUUAUUCCGCGUGUUUAUUCUCUGAUAUUUUUUAUCUAUAUUUAUUUUCGCGAUACACGCGCGCGCGCGCGUACACACACACACACACACACACUUGAAUUAUUAAGAUAAAAGACUUCAUUCUUUUGUGUUUUAUCCAAGGUAGUCGCUGUAUAAUUGAACUUUAUUAAGAUAAAGCAUGACACAUCACAUAGACAUACACAUCUUUAAAAUUUUAAUUAAUUUAAAAAAUCGCGCAGUACAAAAGAAGGCCCCUCUUUCUAUAAUUCGAUUAAAAAAGUUGUCCGACUGAAUAUUUAUUAAUUAUUUCGAACACUAUACUCUUGACAGUCUAAUAAAUCUUUUCUCAUUGCAUCAAAUCUCUUUAAUUUUGCACAAUUAUAAAUAGACGCAUAAUCAAUUAGGUAUAUAAUUUCCAAUCUUUCGGCGUUAUACAUAUCUCAAAGAAAAAAAAUGUAAUUAAAAAUUAAUUGUCAGCAUAUUACAAUGCGUUUUAUGUAAUUAAGAAUUAAUUUAAUUAUUGAUUGAUAAUUGAACAAAUUAAUAUAUUCAAAAAUAAUAAUUUAAUUAAUAGUUGGGACAACAUAAUUACAAAUUAAACUACUAAGUUGAACGGUUUACGUGAUUCGGAUACUAAUUGAAUGAAUAGUUAAAAAGUGUAUGCACAUUAUCGUUUAAUAAUUUAAUUAACAACUGAUAAAUUACAUCUUUAAUUAACAAUAAUGAAUAAUAAAUGUAAAUAGAUUUUUGCUCACGCAGCUUCAGUUUUAAACAUAUUUUAAUUAUUGAAAGAGAGCACAUUGGACAUAAGAAUUCCGAAUAAACUAUUCGGUAGCGUCCGACGAUUAACAAUAAGUCGUGUCAAUCGCAUGAUCUCUUUUUAUACAGUGUGAGUCACUAGAAAUUACCUUCUAAGAUAUUUUCAUAAAUAUUUGAUUUUAGACAAAAAGAUUUAAGACAAAAGUUAAAUUAUUUUGAAAGGGCUCUAUUUUUUAGUUGGCUUAAUCUUUUUUAGGUGUAGACCUCAAAAAGUUUUGAAGGUCAUCUUAAGAUUUUUCAAGGUCAUCUUAAGAUUUUUCAAGGUCAUUUCAAGGUCACUCCACAAUUAAGGUGUGUCAUAAGUCGUUCGAUUCAUCUUUUUAUCCUCUACAAUUAUAGUUGAUUAAAAAUAAGGCUUUCCAUUUAAAAAACUUGAGAUGAUCUUCAGAACUUUUUGAUGCUUGCACCGGAAAAAAAACACAAAUAAGAUGACCAAAAUGUAGCCCUUUCAAAAUAAUUUAACUUUUGUCGUAAACCUUUUUGUCUAAACUCAAUAUUUAUGAAGACGUUAGAAGAGUUAGAAGACAAUUUCUAGUGACUCACCCUGUAUAUUUGAUGUCGUGAUGCUAUCGGAGCGCGUCGCUUGAUCACUUUUAAUUUAUUCACCUAUCCACAGAGUAACUUCGAUUUACGAUAUUGUGCGAAUAUUUAAAAUGACGAUCGGUAUUCGAAACGAAGCGAUUGAUUGGUCGAUGUAUUGAAGUAAUUGAAAAUCGCCAUAAUUAUGAACGGGCAAAGCGAUUUUUUUUUAAAUUUCUCUCUCUUUCUUUUUUUCCAUUGCCUUUCGAUUAUUUAGUUCGACAAAGUUGUAAGUAUAACUUAUAUUGUAUUAUAUAUAGGAUAUGCAUAUAGACCGUGGAAAAUACCUCGAGUGUUUGAACGUAGCAUUGUAAGUAGCUUACAUACGAUGGACGCUGUGAUGAAGAUACUUCAAACAUUUCGACGACUAAUGUUCUCGCGGUCGUACGCCUUGAGAUUCAACGUUAAUGCCCUCUCGAUCUUCCCUUGGACUCGCGAGGGAUACAUCGAUAUCGUCUCGAUCUUUCUCUUUCUUCCCUUCUUUUUCUCAUUAUUUUGAUCAGCUUAUGGAUAUCUCUUUGAAAGAAAAAAAAAAAAUAGCGGGUGUCGCCAUAGUUGUUAUCAGUAUCGUGUAGAGAGAAUCUCUCUCUUGUAAUCUCUUAUUUUUACAAUGCACAAAUCGCGCAUCUGUCAUUUCUUUUUAAAAUAUGAUAAAAUAUUUAGUAAAAGCGAUCUCACACACAAUAUAUUAUUAUACAGUAAUACGGUGAAAUAAAUUAUUACGAAUUUAAAAUAUGAUAUUAAUAUUUGUUUCUCGAUAGGAAAUAACAUAUUGAAUAAUUAAAAUAAGAGAAAAUGCAAGAGACACAUUCUCUCUCUCUCUCUCCCUCUCCAUCUCUUUACAAAGAUUCUGUUUUUAUUCGUUAUGAUAAAUCGGGAAAAAUGUAAUUUCACGCAUGCGUCAAAAAACGAUCCGUCAUGUUUAUCCGCAAAAAUUAAAAAAGGAAAUAAUCAGUAUAAGAGAUGCAUUCUUUCGUACCUAUUACAUCGGAAAUUGAAUCCACUGAGAUUACGCCCUUUCCUAAAACUCCGCUGCGAACGAUCGCUGAUGAUAGUAAUAAAAUCGCGAUCGACGAACGAUCGACACGACUCGUUAUGAAUCAUGUAUACGCGUGUCUCUCCGAUCUCGAAUCCCCCCUUCCUCCUCCUCCCGUCUUUACCCUUAAGAGAACGUUCGCGUUUUAAUCGGUUCGAACCCGGAGAGAAUCCUUGCGUCGCGAACGAAUUCCCGACCCUCAUUCACGCAACGUGUCCUCCUCUACUCUAUAUCACCGAGCGAAUCGUAUCGUGGUGCGACACUCGGUGCGAAAGAGGAAACGCGAUCGAUACCGAAAGAGAGAGAAUGAUAGAGAAAGAGAGAGAAGGAGGAAGAGAGAGAGAGAGAGGGGGAGAGAGAGAGGGGGAGAGAGAGAGAGAGAGAGCGAUCCGUACCUUGAGCGAAAUUCGCGACGUACCAUUGCAUGAGCGAGGCUUAAAAAACCCUUAACCCGAAGUAUCCGAAUAAUUUCAAAAAAGGCGAAGGAGGGGGGAUCUCGAGAAACUUUGCGGGCCUCUCGAAUCUCUCUGUAAAUAAUCAGCAUAGUAAACGUUAUGCGUGUAUAAUAACGAUUACGCGACGUCAUUUUGCGAAGAAUUAAUAUUUAUUCAUCAGAUUGAUUAUAAUUAUUGAAUAUAAUAAUUUAUAUUGUUUAAAGAAACAUUUAUUUAUAUCUGAUACCUUUAUUAUAAUCAUAAAUUGGCGAAUUUUUUUAGCAAUUUUAUAUCUCAUGAAAAUCUGUCGACAAUUUUCUGCAAACUCUCCAGAUCGUUUUGCAAAAUCAAGACAAAGUGGACAUUUCGGGUUAAGGUAACGAUAUUUGAAAACGUCAAGUAGACUACAGCGCGUAUGUAUAUAUAUAUAUAUAUACAUACAUACAUGUGUGUAUAGACAAUAUGUAUGUGCGUAUGCGAGAGAACACGAGCGGAAUUCGGCCUGCUGAUCACUCCGUCCGCGAUAGAUACACUGUAAUUAUAUGCAUUUGUAAAUACUCAAUUGACGAAGUACGUUAGGCAAAACACGACACGUACGCAUCGCGUAAUUGUAAAUAUUAAACAUGGAGAAGAUAUUUGUUAAAUAUAGAAUAUGUUACGUUUUUCAA